CGCCCUGGCGCUCUCUCUAUUUUCCCAGGGAGGCGAGGCGAGGCGAGGCGGGCGGGCGAGGCAGCGUCGUAAAGCGGGGACUGCGUCUGGGGGACAGCGACUAUGGUUUUGUGGAGACACCUUGCAGAAGAUGUGGCUGCAGGAAUAUUCUGUUCCCAUUGAAAUAUUCACGCUGGGAUGGAUGCUGCCGAAAGUGCCCGCUUGGAGCCGAAAUCGGGAGCCGUCGAGGAGGCCGGCCAGGGUCCGCAAGAGGAGAACGGGGCGGCCGACGGCCUCUCGGACCCUUCCUUGGCCACGGCCGAGCCGAGUCGCCCGCAAGGCAAACUGAAGAAAACGGCCUUCAAGCUCUUUGGGGGCAAGAGGAGCAUCUGCACCUUGCCGAGCUUCUUUGGCGGGAAGAAUAAAGGCCAAGGAAAGGCGGCUUCCAAAAAGGGUCUGAGUAAAAGCAAGACGCACGACGGCCUCAGCGACAUCGGCUACGAAGACUCGGGGCCGCUCAAGGGGCUGCUCAACCGUGGGGACGGAUUCCCUUCUCCGCAGCUGCCGUGCUCUCAAAGCGCACUCUUGGCAACGGAGGCCAACUUGAGGAUCGGUUUUGUCCGCCCGUCAGCCUCUUUGUCCGGAAGUUCAGAGGGCUUCGAGAAGAAACCUUCUGGAGAUAAAUCCUUGUUCCUGCCCAGACCUAAGAAGGGGCUGAAGGGCUUCUUCAACAGCAUCCGGCGCCACCGGAAGAACAAAGCCACCGAGCCGGAGAAGACCGAGCUGCAAGAAUGGCGGGCUAUAGAUUCCCGAGCCAAAGUAGAAGAACAGAAGAGUGCCAAGACCCACCAGUCCUUGGACAAGGAAGACUCCAAAAGGGCUUCUCCUCGUUCCGAAUGGAAGAGUGAUGCUUCUCCAGAUGCCAAUGAGUCAAAGGAGAAGGAACAACCCACCCAAAGUGAAACCAUAUCUGUGGGAGAUGCGGUGAGUGGAGGAGACGCGGAUUUGGACACAGACGGUGUCUUCUGUGUCUCCUCGACGUACGGUGACCUUCCCGAUGCUCUUGAGGCGGAGUAUCCGGAACGCAGCCCCCCGCGUGUGCCCUCCGGAGAGCAGCUCAGCCUGAUGUUUGGCGACGUGACCUCCCUGAAGAGCUUUGAUUCUUUCACCGGCUGCGGGGAUAUCAUCGCCGAGCCGGAUAUCGACAGCAACGCGGGGAGCUGUGCCUCGGCCGAGCGGAGUCGGGAUGCCGGCAAAAGGGGAUCCUGUCUGGUGACUUACCAGGGCGGCGGGGAGGAGAUGGCCCUGCCGGACGAGAUCGAGGAGUAUCUCCAGCAAGUCUGGGAAGGAGCCGUCAAAGCCGGAGAGGCCUAUGAAACGCACCUGGAAGAAUGUGAGCUCCAAGGAGCGAAUGGGGCCAAGCAGGACACUCGCCUCUAUGUGGAAGGUGUGGACCUCUUGACACCGCACAGCGACCAGCAAGAGUCUGCUCCCAAUAGCGACGAAGGUUACUAUGACUCCACUACUCCAGGUCCUGAGGACGAAGCCGGAGAAGGUCUGGAGGAAGUCAAGAAAGACCGCCUUCCACGGGACAGCUACAGCGGAGACGCCUUGUACGAGUUCUACGAACCCGACGACACUCUCCUGAGCCCUUCUCAUGGAGGGGAGCCUUGGUUCGAUCCCAAAGCGUCCCCUCCGGACAUCGUCAGCCACUUCUUUGACUUCGGUCUCCCCGAUCAGAAGGACUUGGUCCAGAUGAUGGGCCAGAAGAAGGAGGUGAUGGAGACGGAGGAGGAGCGGAUGGCUGCCAUUCAAAAGCACCUUCUGUUCUGGGAGUUGCAGAGGGAGCCGGCCUUGAAACACCUUGAGGUGCUUCACAACGCUCCGUUUCCCAGGGAAAAGCAGCACGGCGAAUGUAACACGAAGUCGGGUGGCCUGUUGGGGGGAAGCCAAAGUUGCCUGAGUUGCGAGGAUGUCACGGGCGGAAAGGCGGAAGAGAGCCGGGAUGGCAAAGACCUUCAAGAGAUGCUGUGCCUGGAAAAACGGUACAGCCCCAACCGCCUCGUGCAGUUCAUGGGAAGUGACUCCGCCUUGGAUGCCGAAGUGGAACGUGUGGUGCUUGAGUCGCGUGGUUUGAGUGGCUUGGCCAUGGAAAAACCAGUGGCGUACCCUUUCUUUCGGGACUCCCCGCCGAGCGGAGCAGGGACGGACCAAAGAGAAGCCCUCGAGCCAGACGGUGGCUGCGAGGUGGAGCAGGCGGUCAACUUCUCCCAGGCUUUGGUGGACUUCACCAGCAGCGGCACCCUCUUCUCCAGCCUGUCCGAAAGCCUGGGCAGCUCCGACUCCGGGUCGGCCUUCACCCAGAACCUCCCUGCCCUCCCCACCAUGGUGACGUUCGACAUCGUCGACGUGGAGCAAGACGGGGAAGGCGAAUGCGAGCAGCACCUGGAGAUGAGCACCGGCGAGGAGCUCGCUGCUUCUUUCGAGGCCUUUGACGAUCGCUGCUUCGUGCCGAAGGAAUCCUUUGCUGAAUGUGACGAGCGAAUGUUUUCCGGCUCUUUCCAAAGCUGCGGUUGGGGCAUCGCCAGCCUUCCCCGCCGCCUCCGCCUCCAGGAGUUGUGUCCGCCGGUGCCGGAGCCGCUUUCGUCGUGCCGGAGAAGCCGGUCCCUCGACACUGAUAGUUUGGAGUUUGAGGUGGCGAGUGUUCAGCUCUCCAAGAACGGCUUCAAGCCCUGCGAGAUCUGGUCUCCGUGGAGCGGCUGCAGAAAGCGCUCUCCGUCUCCGGACAGUUUUCCGGCCGGGAAAGCCGUAGACGGCGGCGGGGCCCUUUCUUGGCCAGGACUACAGAAUGUACCCGGAGGAGAGGCGUUUUCCUCGCAAGGGGCAAAACUGUGGGGCCGGGAGCUGAACGCACAGGCCUUGCGGAGUGUUUGGGGUGCGCUGGAAGAGCCUGGCCUGGGGCAGAGCUCCUCCAGAGAUGGGGAAAUGGGGUUUCCGCCGCCAAGACCAAUGUCCAGGCCGUCCAACCUGCCCCUUCACUCCCAAAGACCGGGUGUGGGGGGCAAUACGGCCAGGAAACUGGCUUGGGUUCUGCCUUUGGGAGAGGGACCCUCAAGCUUCGAUUUCAAUGCCGCCCCUUCCCCGGAGAAGCCGGCUUCUUACAGACCUAUGGAUGUCAAUGCACAGAAUGUCUCGGCUGCCCCACAACGCUGAGGCCCCCGUUGUAAGGGCAAGGUCUGAAAUCAGAUCUGCCGGAUUUGGGGAAAUUCCCCUGCUGGGUUUGGGAAUGUCGUUGUGAAUGUAACAAAAGAGCCAAAUAACUUGGCGGGGCUCAAGUUGCAAGUUUGGCUAUUUUGGGGAGGCUCAAGACUUGGCCAUUUGGAUGUGUUGACUUAAAAUUUAGAGCAGAAAAGGGAUAGAUUCAAUCCUUGUUGUGGUGCUUUUUUUUGACCAUGGCCAAAGGAGCUCUGACAUGGGCUGGUCCAUGAGGUCACCAAGAAUCAAAGGCAACUGAAUGAAUAAACACACAUACAAUUAAAUGGAAGCUAGAGAAGGAGGAGGAAAAAAGUGGUUGCAGGUUAUAGAAGAAGUGACAGUAGAACAGGAAUUCACCAUAAAUAGAUCCAAUGCCUAAAGUAAUAUACAAGCAUGUAAUAGUGAGCUAACAGUCAUCCCAUCAUAUUCACUGGGGGUAGGAUCUCCAUGAAAGUGAAAAACUGCAAAAAGAGAAUGAUUUAUUCCAUCAAAUUCUAGGAAUUUUUAAGGUCUUCCAGCAUGACUCCGAACAUAGUCAUUGGAGAACUUGGAGAUUCUUAGAUGAUGAUGAUGAUGAUGAUGAUGAUGGGAUCUCCAUGAAAGUAAAAAACCGCAAACAGAGAACAAUUUAUUUCACUAAAUUCUAGGUAUUUUAAGGUCUUCCAGCAUGGCUCCGAACAUGGUCAUUGGAGAACUUGGAGAUUCCUAGAUGAUGAUGAUGAUGAUGAUGAUAGGAUCUCUAUGAAAGUAAAAAAACCGCAAAUAGAGAACAAUUUAUUUCACUACAUUCUAGGAAUUUUUAAGGUCUUCCAGGAUGGCUCCGAACAUGGUCGUUGGAGAACUUGGAGAUUCCUAGAUGAUGAUGAUGAUGAUGAUGAUGAUGAUGAUGAUGGGAUCUCCAUGAAAGUGAAAAACCGCAAAUAGAGAACAAUUUGUUUCACUAAAUUCUAGGAAUUUUUAAGGUCUUCCAGGAUGGCUCUGAACAUGGUUGUUGGAGAACUUGGAGAUUCUUAGAUGAUGAUGAUGAUGAUGAUGGGAUCUACAUGAAAGUGAAAAACCGCAAAUAGAGAACAAUUUAUUUCACUAAAUUCUAGGAGUUUUUAAGGUCUUCCAGCAUGGAUCCGAACAUGGUCGUUGGAGAACUUGGAGAUUCCUAGAUGAUGAUGAUAAUGAUGAUGAUGAUGAUGAUGAUAGGAUCUCUAUGAAAGUGAAAAACCGCAAAUAGAGAACAAUUUAUUUCACUAAAUUCUAGGAGUUUUUAAGGUCUUCCAGCAUGGCUCCCAACAUGGUCAUUGGAGAACUUGGAGAUUCCUAGAUGAUGAUGAUGAUGAUGAUGAUGAUGAUGAUGGGAUCUCCAUGAAAGUAAAAAACAGCAAAUAGAGAACAAUUUAUUUCACUAAAUUCUAGGAAUUUUUAAGGUCUUCCAGCAUGACUCAGAACAUGGUCGUUGGAGAACUUGGAGAUUCCUAGAUGAUGAUGAUGAUGAUGAUGAUGAUGAUGAUGAUGAUGAUGAUGAUGAUGAUGGGAUCUCCAUGAAAGUAAAAAACCGCAAAUAGAGAACAAUUCAUUUCAUCAAAUUCUAGGAAUGUUUAAGGUCUUCCAGCAUGGCUCCAAACAUGGUUGUUGGAGAACUUGGAGAUUCUUAGAUGAUGAUGAUGAGGAUAAUAAUAAUAAUAAUAAUAAUAAUAAUAAUAAUAAUAAUAAUAAUAAUACUUUUUCUUUCUUACCCACCUCCUACAAAUCUAAGUCUUCUUGCAUGAAUUGAGCCAGCUGUCCAAAAAAAUUGCAAAUCAAAUUCCAUGCAAAAGUCAAAGCAAAGGGUGAUGAAACCCUUUUCAAAUGGAGGGCCAAACUCUUAUUUCUGGAGAUGGUUUUGGGAGAUGUGGCCAAGAAACACCAGCAUUUUGGAGUAGAAAACGUGCACUGCCAGUCACCAAACCAUUGGGGAAUUGUUGAAACCUUUGAGGCGGAAAGCUUAUCCGGGAAAUUAUCGGGGAAAUUGCAAAAAGGGUGGCAAAAAAGUGUGCCAGGUGGGGACCCUAUAUGGCCCACGUUUGAUUGUUUUAUCCUUAUUUAUUGCUGUAUCUGGAGGUCUUGGGGAUUUUCUACAAGACCGCCAACACAAACUGAUGUAAAGCAAUGUAAAAAUGACUUUUAAAAGCCCAAAACAAUAUAGUGAGUCAAAAAUGACUUGAGUUAAAAUAGUUUGAAGCUAUUUAAAAUGCCUACAUACUCACCGCAUCCUUUGAGAAGAGACUUAUUGGAGUCAAAUGGACCCUUUUUCUUAUUUUGCAUUGCACUUGUCCACGAAACCACGACUUUUCCAUGCUCGCACUGCCACGGAUUCAUACUUUGGGGCAAAGGGUGGGUGGGAAAGAAGGGGUUUUGUGGGGAUGGGGUGUCUAGUGGGGUUUAUAGGAUGAUUGUGUUUUUUUUUUUUCCUUUCCUUUUGAACAUAUCGCCAAAGACAUCUCGUGAAAUGUGUCGUCCAUGACGGGUGUAGCUCUUGCCGAAUUCGGGGCGAAUUGGGGGUCAUGUGUAUGUAUGUAUGUAAAAAGAAGGAGGAAGAGAGUUAUCACCUCGCAAGAAUGUUCAUCCGCAAACAUGUGUCUGGUCGCAUUUUGGUUGUACACAGUUGAUGGGAAAUAUUGUUACUAUUGUUAUUUUGUAAAAGGAAACUUUUAUAAUACAUUGAUGCAUACAAACUCGGAAAA